AGUCUUUCUUAACAUAUCCAAAAAGCUUUCCACUAAGAUGUCCUUUUUCUUUCCUUAAACAUAAAAAAGCAGCGUUUUUCCUUUCAUCAUUUUCCCACUGCGAUGGAUCCCCGCGUCACACGGCGAACGGAGAUUCUCUCCAACCACCUCCUCUGCCGCACGCCACCACCGUCCUCCAUUCUCUCUCCUCACUCCUGCUUGAGCUUCACUCCGCCGGAACUCUCGAACGCGAACUGCUUCGCGUUCGACGUGAAAGAGAUGCGGAUUCUGAUGGACGGUCACAACAUCGAGGAGCGUGAUUGGCUCUUCUCCGUUAUCAUUCAGAGCAAUCUCUUCCACCGGAAGGAACACGGUGGAAGAGUGUUCGUGUGCCCCGAUUACAACCAAUCGAUGGAGCAACAACGCGAGAUCACGAUGAAGCGCAUCGAGUAUCUCUUGGAGAAAGGGGUUUUCCGAGGGUGGCUCACAGGGAAGGGUGUAGAGGAGGAACUGAGGAAGUUGGCGCUUCAUGAAGUCAUUGGAAUGUACGAUCAUUCGCUCGCUGUUAAGCUUGGCGUUCACAUGUUCUUGUGGGGUGGGGCAGUAAAGUUUCUGGGAACCCAGCGCCAUCAUGAUAAGUGGUUGAGUUCUACUGAAAACUAUGAGAUCAAGGGUUGCUUUGCUAUGUCUGAGUUGGGCCAUGGAAGUAAUGUUCGAGGAAUUGAAACAAUUACUACUUAUGAUUCAAACACUGGAGAAUUUGUCAUCAAUAGUCCAUGUGAAUCGGGUCAAAAGUAUUGGAUUGGUGGUGCAGCAAAUCAUGCAACGCACACUAUAGUCUUUUCACAGCUCAAUAUAAAUGGAAGCAAUCAAGGGGUGCAUGCAUUUAUUGCUCAAAUCAGGGAUUCAGAUGGAAACGUAUGUCCAAACAUUCGAAUAGCUGAUUGUGGUCACAAAAUUGGUUUAAAUGGAGUUGAUAAUGGCCGUAUCUGGUUUGAUAAUGUGAGGAUACCCAGAGAGAAUUUGUUGAAUUCUGUGGCUGAUGUUUCUCCAAGUGGGGAAUAUUUGAGUGCAAUAAAAAAUGCAGAUCAGCGGUUUGCUGCGUUCUUAGCCCCUUUGACCUCUGGUCGUGUUACUAUUGCUGUCAGUGCUGUUUACAUCUCCAAGAUUAGCUUGGCCAUUGCUAUACGAUAUGCAUUGACAAGGCAGGCAUUUUCCAUUACACGAAACGGGCCUGAAGUUUUACUGCUUGAUUACCCUAGUCAUCAGCGGCGUCUAUUACCUUUACUUGCUAAGGUAUAUGCAAUGAGUUUUGCCACAAAUGAGCUCAAAAUGAUGUAUGUCAAAAGAACACCCGAGUCAAACAAAACAAUUCAUAUUAUUUCCAGUGCUUACAAAGCUACUUUUACUUGGAAUAAUAUGCGUACUCUCCAGGAAUGCCGUGAAGCUUGUGGGGGACAAGGCGUUAAAACUGAAAAUCGUAUUGGUCAUUUCAAGGGUGAAUAUGACGUGCAUUCAACAUUUGAGGGGGACAACAAUGUCCUAAUGCAGCAGAUUAGCAAGGCACUCUUUGCAGAAUACGUAGCAUGUAAGAUGAAAAACAAGCCAUUUAGUGGUUUGGGAUUAGAACACAUGAACAAACCUUGCCCAAUUAUCCCAUCUCAGUUAUCAAGUUCCACCAUUAGAAGCCGAGAAUUUCAGAUUGAUCUGUUCCACCUAAGAGAACGAGAUCUGUUGAAGCGUUUUGCUGAAGAGGUUUCAGAACAUCAAUCUCAUGGAAAAAGCAGAGAGUCUGCCUUCAUACUAAGUUAUCAGCUCGCUGAAGACUUGGGCAAAGCUUUCUCAGAACGAGCAAUACUAAAAACAUUCAUGGAUGCUGAGUCAACUCUACCAGCUGGUUCAUUGAAGAAUGUCUUAGGUCUAUUGAGAUCAUUGUAUGCCGUGAUUUGUAUGGAUGAAGAUGCUGCCUUUCUUCGAUACGGAUACUUGUCAACAGAGAAUGCUUCUGCAGUGAGAAAAGAAGUGUCAAGACUCUGUGCUGAACUUAGACCACAUGCACUUGCCUUGGUCGGUUCCUUUGGCAUUCCGGAUGCUUUUUUGAGCCCUAUAGCUUACAACUGGGUUGAUUCAAAUUCUUGGUCCUCUGCUCAGCAUUAGCUUAUGCAAAUUUCUGCACAUGAUCGAGGUAUAGUGUGGGUUACGGUGGUAUGUAUACAUUUCACCUGUUUAAUUUUCUUUGUUAAUAAAGAAAUGUGAAAAGUAUUUUUAUUUACAUUAUGUGUAGAAUAUUGUUAAACAGUGGGAAAAUUCUUGUACGAAUUAAUCACAAAAGACGUGAGUGAAUAUUGAGUUAAAUAACAAAAUAAAAGUUGGUCUUAGAUGAAAAUCAAGACCAGUUCAUUUGUAUUGAGUUUCAUAAAUAAAUAAAUUUCUGUAUCAUUUAAUAAUUUCAUUAUAUGCAAAUAGCGGUUGCAUAUU